AUGUUGAUGAUGGACUUCAAGGCGUCCAAUACGGCCACGAUCGCCACCAUCGACAAGGGCAGCGACCGGACGUUUGCGUCGGCAUUUUUUCACCCACCGGCAUCGCCCACCCACGUCGGUUGUUGCGUGCUAAACCGCGCCCCAGCGAGGCCUCCGUCCGAGAUCUACUUCGAGAGCCGUGGCAAGUGCUGCAAGAAGCUGCUCCGAUACAAUGGCUAUCCGAAUAAGGUCCUGCUGUACCCGGAGGAGGGCUGGGCUCGGAGUGCGGCCUCGAGCUACUGGACGAUAGCGCCCUGCCGGUGGCGAAGGAAUCGCUGCAUCGUGGAGGAGGUCGCCGGCAGCAGAAAGCAAACUACACAAGGACGCAUGAUCGUGGUCGGCGAUGGCGCACUCCUGAUAGUGGGCACCUUUAAGCGGCGAGUUCCGGAUCCAGACUUUAAGCUGUAUCUGUCCUCCAACAUAAGCCUGGCCGACUACAACAUGGGCUACUGUCUCACGGGGACGCUCGAGCGGGGCUGCGAACGCUCGAACCAGUUCCAAACCACCCACUUCGCCGUCAUCCGGCGGUGUUGGCCUUCGAACGAACACGACGGUCACCAUGGGGGUGGUGGGGGUGGCUUUGGUGCGGGUGGCAUCGGUGGAGGCGGCGGUAACGGCAAGAACAACGGAAAAGCCCAACACACCUACAUUGACUUCCUCUUCAACCGAUGAUAACCGAUGACCGACGGUGGGCGGAAGCACGAUAAAAUGAUGAUUACGUGAGUUUUGUUUGGAAAAUUUGUUUUUCCUUCCGUUUUCUUUAGAGCCUACUAGAGCCACUAGGUGGGCCAGAGCAAAGGUUCAUACUUACGCAGGACGCGUAGCGUGGGUUAUCGGAUGACGCACAGCUUUUUUUAGGAUAGGGCGUCGAUAUGCGGUUUUCCGUACAUUAAGGUAUAACAAUCCACAUUAAUCCGCCGACAAAGAUGACGCAACAAGAUCAUUGUGUUACAAACAAAAAACAAAGCAGCAGAUAAAACUUCUAAUGGCGCUUUUCGACGAAACAAACAUCGUGAAAAUGCCCGGAAGUAAAACAGAAGAGAAUCAAAUGCGAAAAAAAUGAUUUAAAAAAACCGCCAUGAAAAUAGAAACAUACAGAGAGCAAGAGAGUGGAAAAAGGAGCGAAAAGCUCCACUUACCAAAUUCACUUUCCGCGUGCAUGUAUUGGAAACAAAUCAAAUCACCCUUCGAAAAGGGAAAGCCUACGAUAGCUACAAACACAGCAAAUAAAACAUAGAAAACAAAUAGAAAACGGGAAAUAAAAUGCCGCAAAACAGCAGCACGCCGAGCGUAAGGGAAAGUGGAUAACAAAAACACAGCUUCAAAUCAAACAUGUAAAUCAAACGAAAAAUAGCUAACUGGAAAGUGAAAAUGAACGCACGCGAGACAAACGAAAAAAGAAGUAAAAUAAAAUAAAUUACGAUUUUGAAAUAGACAUGCUAGGGUACGAACACACACGCACGCACGCACCCAAUCUAGAUUGCGUGACGAAGCUUUAUUUAUUUUCGGGAAUUUUGCUCUCCAACCAUUCGAUUCCACCCCGUUUCGAGCUGGGUGGAAGCUCCCGGUCCUAGCGGGUGGGUGUGUGGGUGUGGGUGUGUGUGUGUGUGGAAGAGAAGAAUAAUUUGGCGACGAAACAAAAAUAGAUCGUUUAAUAACAAACAAACCAAGGGGAGAAAAAAAAAGUAAGAACGUAAAUCAAUCAAAUAGCUAACGGUAAGCGAAAAUCGCUUUUGCGCGCGAGUUCGUUGUUUUGAAGCUAGUAAAAACAUCCUACGAUAACAUCCGCGUUGAGGCGGGGGUGCUAUUGGAGGGUUUUGGGGCUAGCCCGCAUUCCUAGCACUGGGAGGUAAAAAAAAACGCACUUUUGAACGCUGAACUGUAGGGAAGUAUUUUUGUACUGGGCGCUUUUUUGUACAUAGAAGCUUUGCUUGAUAGGCGCAUAUCGGGGGGGG